AUGGGCAAACCCAAAGCAAAAAAAAAUAAGUCUCAAGUUCGGAAACGAACGAAAAGCGUGAAAGGUCAAAAGAAGCGAAUUCCACGGAAGAAAACCCAACAGAGUCGUCCAACUAGAGUGGAGAUGUCCAUUCACAAGGAAGAGACGUCGAGAAAUCAUGACUUUACGGAUAGUUCUGGCCUUGCUGCGUUUGACGACGCGGAGUCUGAUGAGAUGAAUGGCUUGCCUGAUGAGGAAGACUUGGCGCUGGUGGAUGAUGAGACGGGAGAGGCGUUAGGGUUUCUGAAAGGCAUUGAGAAAACGCUGCAGAAAGACCUUCAAAAGUCUGCAGAUCAGAAGAGAAGAAAAAGGAAACGGGAAGAGUCUGAACAAGAGGCGUCAUUCGAAAUGAUACCGAGACAGAAAGCAAAAGUUUCCAACGUGGACAACACAGGAGACGACGAAACUGAGACGCGAUUCUUACUGCCUAUCAAGACAGCAGCAGGAUUGAUAACGCGAACAGAAGUGAGAAAGAAACAGAAACCACCAGGUGUGUAUACCCGAAUUGGAUCAAGUCACAGUGUCGUAUGCAAUCGAGUGUUGCUUGUAGAAGAGAUGGAAGUCGGACGGGAGACUGACGAAGAAAACUCAGAAGUUGAUGUUGUUGCCAGAGUAGACUCUUCGAAGACUGUUUCAGUGGAGAAGUUUCGUAUUCCAUUGACGGCUGCCGAGGCGGUCUUACAGAGGGAGAUGAAGCUGAAGGCUCGAAAAGAAGAGAUAGCCACGUGCUGUGAUGCCAUACUAGAAGACCCCGAGAAUAAUGUCACUCAUUUGAAACGACUACGGAGCCUCUGCGCUGAACAAGAGCCGGACGUGUGCAUCACAAUUCGAAAAAUCGCGAUGGUCUCUCUCAUGACCGUCUUCAUCGACAUCCUCCCAGGAUAUCGAAUUCAGACGUCAGCAAACGUGCAACGAGGUGUGAAGUUUUCUAAGGAUGUGAAGAGACUUCGGACGUACGAAGAGAGAUUACUGAGUAACUAUCAACGUUACUUGACUGUGUUGGAGAACACGAUUCACGGUCGGUUAUUGAUUGUGUUGGGGUGCAUGCUUGAUGGUGGGCUUCGGUUUGUGGCAGUGAACUGUAUGUGCCGGCUGCUUAAUGCUCAUCCACACUUCAAUUUUUGUAACAAUAUAUUGACUGUUAUUGUUCCGGUCAUGAAUGAUAGGCUGAUGGAUGGCAAGCUGGCUCUUGUUUGUUGUGAUGCUAUCUCACAGCUGUUUGAACAAGACGUGACGGGAGAGGCAUCUGUCGAAGUAAAUGAAUGCAAGGUUCUAGGUGUACGGCUGCCGAUUCGUUACCCGUUGACCCUGACGAGUACGGAGUGGAUUGGAAUGGCCCAGCAACCGUCGACAUUGAUGAUGAAAAGACCGCAAGCGGAGUUCACUUUACCAGAUGGCGUACAAGUUCCUCUCAGCGAAGCAGAUUACGAAGAUCUGAAACGAACAGUAAAUCCUCUAGCCGAUAGCAAUGAUUUUGGCGUAGACUUGUUCAUCGCGACAGUGGAGUCUCUUGCGUCUCACCUGCUAGAAUAUCCUAAUUCAUUAAUUCGUCGUUAUCAUCGCAGAGCUGUUGCAUUGACGUCUGCGUGA